GAAACAAAACAGAAAACCCAACUCCAAGUGAAAAUCUAAAAAUUAUUAAAAUCCCAACUCAUAAACCACAAAGGAAAAAGGAAAACAAGAAACAACACGAUUAAAAAACUGUUUGUUAAGAGUUAAAUUAGACAACCCUAAUUAAAAUUCGUUUCCCUUCGCAAGUACUAUAAAAGUCUUCUGCCUUUUUCCCCAACCUUCGUUCUUCAUCGCCUCCUCCUCCAGAGAAAACCUCCCUAUCUCUUCUUCAUUAUUUUUAUAUUCUAUUCCGUUCUUCCGAUCAAUUUUGCCGGAGAGAAUUCGGUGUUCUUUGUAUGUUGAUUUUCAUACGAAAUCCCAAUCCCUUUAUCUGAUCCUUUUUUUUCCUCAUCUGGGUUAUUGUGAAUGGUGGAAAUCUCUAGUGAUCUGUUAAUGAUCUCCCUUGUUCAUUCAAGAAGGGGGAUCUCUUCUUCUUCAUUGGCUUCCUUCUUGUUCGGUUUCGGUUGCUGCAAAGAAGGCUGGUACUACCGCUGCCUCGGCGUCGACCCGUAGACCGAUUUUCCGAGAUUACAAUUUUGGGAUUUUUCUUUUUCUAAUUUUUGUUUUUCUUCAAUAAUUCAUCCACAACCCUAAAUUAUUCCGAUUGUUUUCGCUCAAUUUUUUCUGAUCUUUCCGGUAGAUCUUUUUGGGAUUCUUUUGAUUUGGGAGAAAAAAGGUUUUAAAAAAAAUUUAGAAAGAUGUUGCUGCAGAAGAAGAAGAGCCAGGCAGCGGCGGCGGCGGCGGCCAAGGGGAAUAGGCUAUUGAUAAGCAUUACGGUGUUGGGUUCGGCCGGGCCGAUCCGUUUUGUGGUCAGCGAAGGGGAACUUGUAGCUGCUGUCAUCGAUACCGCUCUGAAAUCUUACGCACGCGAGGGUCGCCUUCCUGUUCUUGGCACCAAUCUCGACAACUUCGUGCUUUAUUGCCCAUGUGCUUCAACUGAAGCUUUGAGUCCGUGGGAGACAAUUGGUUCCCUCGGGUUCCGAAACUUCAUGCUCUGCAAGAAGCCACAGGAGCAGAAGACCGAUGAUGCUGGAAAGCCGGUUGCUCCAAUCACUAGGAAGAGCUCUGGCUCUGGAAUUUGGAAGUCCUGGUUCCACAAAUCACACAACAACCUGAAGGUUCCCUCUCAUUGAAGAAUUAUUAUUGAAGCUUUUAAAUAAUGCCGCCGGCAGCUGUAGACUUAAGGAACUUGAUGUUUUCUGGGCUAUUAAGAGAUUGUUCCAGCUGCUGUUGCUUUUUGGUGUCUGUCAAGAUGCUGGUUGUUGGAUGUUUAGCUGUUUCUUUGUGUCUUUUAAGAAAACGGGUUUCAGUUGUUUUAAGAUUAUGUAAUAAGGGCAGGGUCAUUGCUCGUUUUUGCCCUCUGGUGUUGUUUUAUUAGUGUGACAAUUCCCUAAAAUGUCAGCUUUUCGGUGCUGAUAUUCAUUCCAUUCGACAUUGUUGGUGAAUGAAUUUGCGAGUUUUAUGAAUGAGCUUUUUGUGUCGAUCUUUAUGUACCCAUUGCAAAUGUCAGCGCGAUCUUCAAUAUUUUCAAUGUUGAUACUAUGUAGACCUCCUCCGAGUUAUGCUCUAAAUUUCAUAAACUUUUCCUGACAAUGAAUUUAUUGUGGGAUUAAGCACCCU